AAGUAACACGCCCGCCAUCCAGACAUAUUGAUCUCAUAAAUAGUAGUAAGUACUACCAGUACAUAGUCCAACCACCCCUUUUUUAUCCAUUCUUGAACCUUUUACGCCCUGGCUAUAGAUCUGGGGGAAGUACCUGAAAGCCAUCGAAGAUCAAUGGAAGGGGAGAUCAGCAACUUCGUUUUUGUAUCAGCAACUAUAUUGUCAUCUCUAUGCUACUGUUACACCGUAGACAAAAUCUUCCCAAAAGGGAUCCUGAGACUGCUUGCCAUAAUCCCUGUAGCAUGUCUCUUCAUCUAUCUCCCUCUCAAUCUAACCACCAUCCAUCUCGGGGGUACCUCCUCUUUCUUCAUAGCAUGGCUAGGUAGCUUCAAGCUCCUGUUAUUUGCCUUCAACAAAGGCCCUUUGUCCUCCUCCGAAUCCAUUCCCUUAUCUCGUUUCAUUCCCUUGGCUUGUUUACCUAUCAAGUUUCAACAAGCGCCUUCUCCCCAAGAAUCCACCAAGAAAGGCCAAAGAUCGCCCCUAAAUUAUGUCAUCAAGAUCGUGCUCUUGGUUUUGUGCAUUCGAGUAUAUUCGUACAAAGACUCCAUCCAACAAAACAUCAUAUGGUUCUUUUAUUGCCUUCACAUAUAUUUCAUGCUAGAACUUGUACUUGCCAUGGUAGCGGGGCUCGCUAGAGGACUGAUUGGAGUCGAACUGGAACCGCACUUUGACGAGCCAUACUUGGCUACUUCGCUUCAAGAUUUUUGGGGGAGGAGGUGGAAUCUGAUGGUGUCUAAUAUUCUCCGUCCCACAGUUUAUGAACCGGUUCGCUCGAUUUCUUCAAGCUUGAUCGGGAAGAAAUGGAGAGCUCUUCCGGCGGUGGUGGCAACGUUUUUGGUAUCCGGAAUAAUGCACGAGCUGGUUUUCUAUAACAUCGGAAGACUGAAGCCCACAGGUGAAGUUACGUGCUUCUUUCUGCUUCAUGGGGUGUCUUUGGUUAUAGAGAUUGCUGCUAAAAGGGCAUUAAAGGGAAAGAUUUGGAUCCCUGGAAUUAUAUCGGGGCCAUUAACGCUAGCCUUCGUUAUCUACACCAGUUUUUGGCUCUUCUUACCACCAUUUUUAAGGGGCAGGGCAGAUUGGAAAGGAUGUACGGAGUCACUCGCCUUCAUUGAGUUUGUAAAGCAUCAGCGGCUAAUUAGCCCCAACGACCUUACCUGUCCGUUGUUGGGUUAAGAAUGGAAGGAUGUUGGUUAAGCCUCUCCCCUCCCUCAUAGUAUUUUCCCCACCUCUCCAUUUGUUUCAGCUAAUUGGAUCAUUAUGGUAUAAACCUAUUACUAUUUGGUUUUUA